GUCACGUGACUACCGCGGAAGUCAACAAAUCAGGCAGCGAAAUGUAGCAACAAGCACUUUAGUCCGCUCAACUUCCCCGUUUUUGUCUUUUGUUCCUUUAUUGUUGGCUGCUUGCGGUUUGAAAACGCCUUCUUAAAUGAGACACGUACCGGGCACUGGACGCACUUUGAAUCGACAUUUAUCCAGUUAGUUCAGUUAAAAAUAACAACAAAGUAAAAAGAAAACCUGCAGAUCUUCAAAAUGUUUAACGACUCGCUUCCUUCGAGAAUUAACGUGGUGCUUGUGAUGGCCUAUGGCAGUCUGAUUUUUGUCUUGCUGUUCAUCUUUGUCAAAAGACAAAUUAUGCGACUUGCCGUGAAGUCUCGAAGAGGACCACAUGUACCCCUUGGCCACAACGCACCAAAGGAGCUGAGACAAGAAAUUGAAGCCAAGCUGACCCUGGUCCAGAAAAUCCACUUUGAGCCUCGUCUGCUGUCUCCAGAUGAUGACCGAUUAAUGCAGAGAGAACAGUCUGGUUCCUGUGACUAUUUGUAUAGAAUGAAAGCACUUGAUGCCAUCAGAGAUGCCGAUUUUCCUUUUCGUGAACUUGGAGGAAUGUCCACCGCUGUUACUGGAAAAAGAUUUCGGACCUGGCUUCUGCAGCUACGAAAUUCCCACUGCAUGUUCAGAGAAAACCAGAGCUCUGUCAUCGACACGGUGCUAGAUGGCUACAAUAAAGCUCGUCAUGGGGCAGAGGCUUUUGGUGAAGCAGAAUUCUUGAAGUACCAGGAAGCCCUAACAGAACUAGCCUCCAUAGUGAAGUCUCAGAGCAGCAGCACUUUAAGUCAGCACCAUCAGUCCGCAGCCAGAGACCUGACCGGCACCACGGAGCCCGCAAGCACCUCCUCUCCCUCUCCGACCCAACCCACCUACCUCACAACUACAAUGCAGCAGCGCAGCAAGAUGUCCAGACACUUACUGGAGCUGAAGAACUUCAAAGACAACUACAACACUCUAGACAGUACACUCUGAAAAUGAACCCGUCCAACGGAAGGUCAAGGACAAGGCAGCGCUGCCAGUGAUUACAGUGCCUGAAGUCUCAGAGUGAAAAGACAAAAACACUGCCUUCAUACUCUAACAUGUAUUGCCUUGUUUACACUGUAGUGCAUAUCAGAUUACUGUUACAGUGCUCUUUACCUAAGUGUAGCUUAUGCAUAUUAUUGCAUGUAUGUAUUAUUGCAUGUAUGCGUGCUAUAUAUGGGUAGAAUGACUCUAACCGACUAUAGCAAGUAGGUUUGAUUUGACCAAAACAAAUCCAGAGCUAUUAGGCUAUGCAACAGCAUAAGACAAUCAGUAUUUAUUGCACAAUGUAAACGCCUAUGCAGACUUGCUGAAAAUAACCAACCGUUUAAAAAUGUUAAUAGUUACGUUUUCAGAGAAAACCAGCAUUAAUUGUUGCUUAGUGAGAAAACAUCUGCUGUUUAUGUCACUUAUGUUUUACACGUACAUCUUUGCUGUCUUUUGUUGCAGUGAAUUUGACAACUUGUUUUGUUUAUUUGUUUUUUUUUAAACCUUGAUCAUUUUUUUACAGAAGCCAUUGUGCUACUUGUUUUCAGGAACUGUGAUUAAUAAGUGCAUUUUUAAAAAAAAUCAGUUAUCUCAGUGCAAUGUAAAUUAACAGUAUUUCAGUGUAUUGAUGUAUUUUUUAAGUGGGGUUUUGGGAUCUCUGUUCCUUGACUCUUAAUGGUAUACUGAUAUCAGAGCUGUGUUUCAUUUUCAUCUGCUUUUAUGGUUUCCCAGGGAGGCAUUUUAAUGCCUGAAUAAUUUAUUUUAUGUGGUGCCUACUAUACAAUUUACCAUCCAAAUAAAACUGUGACAUACAGUUGA